AUGUCGUGGUCAUUUUGCUGGAUUUAUCAUUUCUGCAUUUCACAGGCAUGCGGAUGGAUGGUUUUGCUCAUGAUGACCUUCACUGCCUUCCUGAUCCGAGCUAUUCGGCCAUGCUUCACCCAGGCCGCCUUCCUCAAAACCAAAUACUGGUCCCAUUAUAUUGACAUUGAACGCAAGAUGUUCGAUGAAACCUGUAAGGAGCACGCCAAGAGCUUUGCCAAGGUUUGCAUCCAGCAAUACUUUGAGAACAUCAGCGGAGAGAUGAGAAGCUUCCACCGCCAUCACAGCAAACACGAGAGCGACAACGAAGAUGAAGACACGUGGAAGAGUGAUGAGGAAAAGCUGUUGGGUAUCAGAGCCCAGGAUGAUAUGAACAAAGUUUUGUGGAACUGGCACACCUGUAAGCCACCUCUGGCUCUGAGAAAAGAACAUGAAGAUGAUGAAAAAAAGGGGGAAAUGAAUGGAAACAUUAACGGGGAAAUAAACGGGUUUGUAAAGAGCCACACUCACGAUGUGGAGAAAAAAGAGUGGGCGGUGUAUUACAGUAAGGUCUAA